AAAGGCAAAACAAGCAUUUGGGAUCUCUUCCUUUUGGAUUUUUCCCAUAUUCUGCCUUCUAAGCAGUGUCGCCGCCGCCCUCGCCGUCCUUGCGUAAUUCAUUCAACCAUUUCCACCGGCUUCAUCCUAUUCCUAUAUAUAGUAACUGACUUCAUCCAGAAUUUAUCGAAAUCUCUAUCUGUGAGCUUUUCUUUGUGAGAAAUAUGAGUAACUAUAAUCAGAAUCAGCCCCAAGUAGUAUAUCCUCCACCAGGCACGGCAGAGCCACAGGGUGUUCCAUACAUGGCUCCACCACCGCCCGCCGGUUAUCCCGUGAAAGAUGGUCAUGGACAACCACCAAUUAAUCCGGCUCCGGUGGAAACUCAGUCGAGGGGCGAUGGCUUCUGGAAGGGAUGUUGUGCUGCCCUGUGUUGCUGCUGUGUGUUGGACGCCUGUUUCUGAGAAUUCUAUGAACAAAUUGUUUCCGAAAUUAUUUUAUGUUUAUUACGUAUCUCUCGGAUUUUCCAUAUUAGUAUUUUGUUUCCUGGAAUAAAUAGUUUCAUUUUUUUGUUU